GCGGCGGUGACGCUUGUUCACGUGGUUUCCCAACAUCCAAUCAAAUCCAAUCAGCCUGGUGACGUCAGGUAUGGGAGCUGCGCCAUAGCUGCGCUUCCUGGUUACGGCGAAUCAAAGCUAGCAGUUAGCUGGGGGCUAACUGGUUGGCUUCUCCCGGGGUGUUGGUGCUCAUUCUCCGGCCAACGUGGCUCUGACACAAGUGUCUUUCCGGCGGCUUCAGUCAGCGACAGACGGACACUCGGUUCAGACUUUAGCCGUCAUUCCUCCGGGAUGUCUUUCCUGGAGAAGCCGACCCCCGGCAGGCUGCUGCUGGACGACACCGUACCCCUGACGGCGGUGAUCGAAGCCAGCCAGAACCUGCAGUCUCACACGGAGUACAUCAUCCGAGUACAGAGGGGCGUGUCUUCAGACAACACCUGGCAGGUGAUUCGGCGCUACAGCGACUUUGAUGUCCUCAACAGCAGCUUAAUGGUGUGUGGCAUCAGUCUCCCUCUCCCUCCUAAGAAGCUGAUCGGAAACAUGGACAGGGAGUUCAUAGCAGAGAGGCAAAGAGGGCUGCAAAACUAUCUGGACUCUAUUACCCAGCAUCCACUGCUUUCGAGUUCGCUGACUGUCAAGAAGUUUCUUGACCCCAACAACUACUCUGCUAACUACACAGAGAUCGCCCUGCAGCAGGUCUCCAUGUUCUUCAGGUCAGAUCCAAAGUGGGAGGUCCUGGAGCCUCUCAAAGACAUCGGCUGGAGGAUCAGGAAGAAAUAUUUCUUAAUCAAAAACAAAGAGCAGCCCAAAGAGAGAUAUCUGCUGAGCUGGGUGGGCCUGGGUCCUGAUAAGUUCCUGUCGGACAAAGACCUGCAGUCGGCCAUGAAGCUGCUCACCGGCCUCACUACUCCGUAUCUCUGUCCGUUGUUGUUCUCCAACACCAGUGAGUCGUCCGCUCUGCUCAUCCGGCCGUUCAGUGAGAGCGGGUCUCUGAGAGAUCACAUCUGUAAGGUGAAGCCCAAAGAGGGUUACCUGAAGAAGUACUGUAACCCGAAGAAGAGUCAGGGCCUGGAACUGUCGGACAUCAAGCUGUACGGCCGUCAGAUCCUAGAGGCCCUGAAGCUCCUCCACGACGGCGGCUUAUUUUACGGCCACCUGCACGCGUCCAACGUUAUUGUGGACGAGGGCACGUGUCGGCUGUUAGACGUGGAGAACGGCAUUCUGGGAGUUCCCUCAGCGCUUCGACCGUCCUUCACCCAGCUCAGGAAGAUCAACACCGCAGAGAGCAUCGACGUCUUCUGCUUCGGACAUUUAUUGUACGAGAUGACGUACGGCCGCCCGCCAGACACCGUCCCCGUGGAUCAGUUCCCCACAGUCCCCUACACAGCCGUGGAGUCGGUGCUCCAGUCCAUUCUGUCCACAGAAGCCUGUAAGAGCGGGAUGCCGACGGUGUCCGCGCUCAUCCAGACGCCCCUCUUCAGUGACGUCCACCUCCAGCACUCAGAAAAACUCCAGAUCAAGGUUCCCAGCAGGUUGAAGGAGGCUCUGAAGACGGCAAAGGAGAGUCUGGAGAAGAGACUGCACGAGGAGCAGAGACUGCUCCACCAGCACAAGAGGCUGACGAGAGCUCAGUCUCACCACGGCUCCGAGGAGGAGAAGAAGAAGAGGAAGAUCUUGGCGAGGAAGAAGUCGAGACAGUCGGCGUAUGAAAAUGAAGAAGACGUCUCCAUCAGAAACAACAAUAACUCUGGAUCCGGAGCCAGUUCCCCUCCCACAUGCCCCUCCUCCCCCACCCCCCCAUCCACCACAGGUAUGAGCGUCCGUCCGUCCUCCCGUCCGUCCAUCCCUGCUGCUCCUCCUCCUCCCCCCCCGCCGCCUCCUCCUCCUCCUCCAAUGCUGGACUCUCCUCCUCCUCCUCCUCCUCCUCCUCUGUCCUCCUCCUCUGACGGAGCGGGAGGAGGUCGCGCCGCCUUGCUGAGCUCCAUCCAGGGCUUCAGUAAGGGCAAACUGAAGAAAGCCAAAACCGUCGACCGCAGCAAACCAAUCAUCUGACCCCGUUUCCCCGCAACCGUGGAAACCAUUGCUACGGCAACCGGACCAGUUCUGCACUGUGGUCUGGACCUCCCUGAGAUGUGAAAGAAAUAUGACUGACACUCAUACACAAAAAAAAAUUACAAGUACCAUUUUAGUUUUUGGAUUUCUCUUGCUUUUUUUAAUUUUUUUUUUUUUUAUUAUUAUUUUAAUCCAUUGCUGUGGAUGGAGAGAGGAGAGGACGGGCGGGAACCGGUGUCUUUGAAUCACUCUGGACAAUCUUAGGCACCUGAGGGUUUGUCUUCAUCGAGUUGCUUUGUCUCCAGGCUAAAAAGCCGGGGAAACUUCAAGUGAAUGUGGGGAGCUUUUCUUCUGUUGGAUCUUCUGCUUAUUUCUGAAGCGGCUGAACAUUUGGGAAAUGAAAUUCUGCUGCCUUCUGUGGAUUCUUUAUGGAUUCUGGAGUUUAAUUUUCUGGAUCCCGUUUUCUGACUUUCCUUCUUUUGAAAUCACCUCUGAGCUUUGGGCUCGAUUCCCUGCGAAACUAAAAUAUCAUCAGUGAGUCAUUUCCUUGUGUCCUUGUGCAUUGAAGGUUAGAAAACUCAUUUUAAGACAAAUCAAGAUGCAUAACUUGAGAGGAGAGUUUUUUUUUUUUAUUGCAGUUAAAAAAAAACAGCAGUUGCACAAGAUUCCUUUGUUUUCCUUAACAGUACACAAGAAAGAUGGAAAUCCUUCUGCGUUUUCUUGUUCAGCUUUGCAAGCAUGAAUCUUUUGAUCUAGAUUAACAAUUUAACUUUUUUUUUUUUUUUUUUUCUGGCCAAACACGUGCGAGCGAAUGGUUUGCACGAGCGCAAAAAUUAAGAGCAGCACACACUUCUACAAAGCAGCUAGAUACGAAGCAACGACACAAGCAUCUUCGUCCACCUGUUCGUUUGCACACGUUGUAUUUGCACAUUGCGCGGUGGGAAAGUUUCUGCAAAAUCUAAAUAUGAUAAAGAACGGUGGAGACGGACGAUGCUGUAAACUUGAUCUUCGACAGGAGCCGAUUCAAUCACCUCAUCUUCUACAAAGGUUUGAAGCA